AUGGGUUUCUGCAGUUUGCAUGAUUUUGACAAGAAUACUCUCCUGGAUGGUUUGGAAAUAAUGAUUGCGUUGGAAGAAUCCCUCGAAGAACCCCUUGCUACAUUUUCAAAAGAAGAUAUGACACGAUUAAUAAUAGAAAUGACCGAUGAAGUUCUAGAAAAAGAUGAUUUAGACCAAGAUGGGUACUUAUCAUACUUCGAGUAUGUACACUCGCAGAAAAGGACAGCAAGUCCAACCACAAUUUUGGAUAAAAGUGCAAAAGAUACCUCAAACAAAGGCUCCAACACUACAGAUAACUAAUUAAGCACUCCAACAA